UGCAAUUUUUUGUAUCAAGCGCGGUUAAAAUAUAGCCAUGGCAGAUAGCAGUGCCGCGGAACAGGAUGCCGACAAUGUCAUCCGCAUUAUGGUGGCCACCGAUAACCACUUGGGCUACGGCGAGAAGGACGCCGUACGCGGCGAGGACAGUUUCACCGCCUUCGAGGAGAUUCUGGAGCUGGCCGUGGCCGAGGAUGUGGACAUGAUAUUGCUGGGUGGAGACUUGUUCCACGAUGCAGUGCCCAGUCAGAAUGCCAUGCACAAGUGCAUCGAGCUAUUGCGUCGCUAUACGUUCGGAGAUAAGCCGGUGUCCUUGGAGAUACUCAGCGACCAGUCACUGUGCUUCUACAAUGCAGUCAACCAGUCGGUGAACUACGAGGAUCCCAAUCUGAACAUUGCCAUUCCAGUCUUCUCCAUUCACGGCAAUCACGAUGAUCCGAGCGGCUUCGGACGACUCAGUUCGUUGGAUCUGCUGAGCACGUCCGGGCUGGUGAACUACUUUGGCCGGUGGACGGACCUUACCAAGCUCGAGAUCAGCCCGAUUCUUAUCCGCAAGGGCGAGAGCCAGCUAGCGCUGUAUGGCCUGAGCCACAUCCAUGACGGUCGCCUAGCGCGUCUCUUCAAGGACUUCAAGGUGACUAUCGAGUGUCCCGGCAACAGCGGCAAUGGCGGUGGCGGUGAUGGCGAAGCCGAGCAGGAGGACUGGUUCCACCUGAUGGUCGUUCAUCAGAAUCGCGCAGAUCGGGGGCCCAAGAACUACUUGCCAGAGGAUCUGCUGCCAGACUUUCUGCACUUGGUGAUCUGGGGGCACGAGCACGACUGCCGCAUUGAGCCAGAGUCGAAUGCGAAGAAAGGCUUUUACGUGUCCCAGCCGGGCUCAUCGGUGCCCACCUCCCUGUCGGAGGGCGAGGCCAAAAAGAAACACGUCGGCCUGCUGGAGAUCUACAAGACCAAGUUCAAGCUGAAGGAGCUGCCGUUGCAGUCGGUGCGUCCGUUUGUCUACGAUUCAAUUGUACUGCCCGACAAGGCCGAAGAGCUGGGCCUGAACGAGGGCGACGCCUCCACAAAAGUGUACAAAUUCGCCCAGGAGCGUGUGGAGUCCAUGAUCGAAAAGGCCAAGGCCCAGCUCACGGGCCAUCCGAAGCAGCCGCAUCUACCCUUGAUACGGUUGCGCCUGCUCUACACCGAUGAGUCCUGCAUGUUCAACACUAUUCGUUUUAGCCAGAUGUUCAACACGCGAGUGGCGAACGCCCAGGAUGUGGUGCAGUUCAGCAAGCUGGUGAAGCGCACCAAGGGCGAAACCGUCAAACUGGACAAGGAGGCCAUGAGGCGCGCCCUGGAGGCGGAGAAUGCCACUCGCGUGGAGGAAUUGGUAGAUCGCUAUUUCGACGAGGCCAAAACCAAAAAGCCACUGAAGCUGCUCCACUCUAAGGCACUGGCAGAGAUGACCUAUCGCCUGGUAGAACGUCGCGACGCCAAUGCGGCCGAAAAUAUUGUCAAAUUCUAUAAGGAAAAGGCAGUGGAACAUUUGAUGGAGUCAAUGCCCAACGACGAGAACAUCGAUGAUGGGCUCCAGUGCUUCAGAGAACGCCACAAGCACGAUGAUCUGCUCAAAAUGCUAGAUGCUCGUGGCGUCCGGCCGAAGGAUGAGACCUCUGUUUUUGCAACGAAAGAUGAAGCCAACUCAUCCACUGCAACAACCACUGGCCGGGGACGUGCUGCUCGAGGUCGCGGAGCAGCUCGUGGUCGUGCUGCUGCAACUAGUGCUGCCACGCGAGCCAAGCCCCAGUUAGACGUGUCCAUGAAUAACACACGCUCCUCGAGCAGGCAGCAGACUCUACUGACCAGCAUCCGAGCUGCUUCCAAAGGCCCAAGCUACGUGAUAUCCGAUGAUUCUGAUUGAUUCACAUUCCUGAGGGCUUCAAUGGAUUCACAUUCCUCAGGCCUUCAAUUGAUUCACAUUCCUCAGUGCUCUGAGCCUUUAUAUUUGUAUGAAGCUACUGUUUUCUUUUAUAAUUUUCAGCCUAAUACGUGUACUACUAGAAUGCAUCUAAUGUAAUCCUCGAGGGACAGAAUUAGAGCGACAGGUGUGCCAUAUGAUUGUCAUUCUUUGGCAAAAAAGAUCUCUAGACGUCAGAGUACAGAAUCUUGGCUACCAAAAUGUCAGUGAAAGCUUCUUACAUAUUUUUACCAACUAGAUUUAAUAUCCAUCUGUUAAGAACCGAAUGACUCUGAUGAAAGAUCAACUGGUUCAACUCAA